GUGUUCAAAUAUACUUUUUAUGAGAAAAUGUGCAAUAAUUGAAGGUGCCAAGAAAUGUUAUAGUCAUCAUAAGGAUGUUUUACUGUCGCAUACAACAAAUAUGGUCCUCCAUCGACGGGAAUAGAUAAACUUCGCCCCCACUAGGAUUAUCCCUCUCGCUUCGAGAAGGGGGGUAUCUGCGUUCCAAUAUGGCGAGUGGGUGUAUGGGAAAGCGAAUCAGCUCAUUGGGACGAUUUUUAGCCCCCCAAACCAAGGCCAUUUUGCGUGGCAGAUUGGGCUACACUACGAGUCGAUAAGGCGGCGAUAGGUGCUCACUACUCCGGUGUUCUGCCAACCAACUUGAAGUGCUUCCAACUUGGGUAUCAUGGUCAUGUCGCCGGUGGUAUCUAUGACCAUUUUCUCACAUGAUUUUAUUUAAAGUAUGAUAACAGUCUACAUAACUAACUCAUAUUAUUACCCAUCUAGAUGUCACAUUAAUUCAUAUUAUUAACCAUCUAGAUGUCACAAAUUCAUAUUAUAAACUGGGUGAUUCCAUCCCUGAAUGCUGAUUGGCUGACAGCCGUGGUAUAUGACACUAUAUUAUGGGUAUGACAAAAAAAAAAUGUUUUACAGCUCUAAUUACUUUAGUAACCAGUUUAUAAUAGCAAUAAAGCACCUCAUGGGUUUGUGGUAUAUGGCCACGAACAGCCCUUAGUCGUGGUAUAUUGGCCAUAUAUCACACCCCCUCAAGCCUUAUUGCUUAAUUAAACCAACUACGGCAACAAUCGGGACACAGUGCCCUUCACUCCUGCUUGACAAACACGUUAUAACUACAUAGGAAGUAGAUAACUAGCCAAUAUCAGGGUGACAGUAAACACACGCAUACAACCUAUGACGCAACAGUAGCCUGCACCUAUCAUCAAUAAUUUUAAUCAAAAAUAAACUAUCAGCAGUUUUAUAGCUGAAAUGUAAAAUUAUUUGUGUAAAAGUAUAACUGAAAUACGACUCGUCCUAUGGUUUAAAAACGGAAGAAGAAAAACCCCCAGCUCAAUCAAAAACCGUCUUCUUAUAGCAGAGCGCUUUGGUUGCCAUAUUGGGCUGCAGCUUUUGGCUCUUCCUCGCUCUGUUGAGCAACACACCCAUCUUGAGAUUCGGGUUCUUAUUGGCUGCCACUCCCGGUGGCUGUGAGAGCCUAUGGGUUUCCUCUCAUACGGGGCAGGAACAUUCUCAGCCAAUUGGAACCGCAAGGUGGAAGAUUGGCAUGGGACCUCAUGAAUAUUACAAGAGGGCAAAUGACGGCUACUUAAAUUCAAGUUCACACCUAUCGUUCCCUUCUUUUCUGUCCAAAGCCAGGCAGUAACAACCAUACAGCGAUCACGACUGAACGAUCCAAAAGAAGACAAUCAUGUCCGAGAAACUGCCCUUCAAAGUUGCUGACAUCAGCCUGGCGGAGUGGGGCCGCAAAGCUAUUGACAUUGCAGAGAAUGAGAUGCCUGGCCUGAUGAAGAUGAGGGAGAUGUACGGCCAGUCCAAGCCCUUGAAGGGCGCCCGCAUUGCAGGCUGCCUCCACAUGACCCUUCAGACCGCCGUGUUGAUUGAGACCCUCACUGCCCUCGGAGCCGAGGUUCAAUGGUCCAGCUGCAAUAUCUUCUCCACUCAGGACCACGCCGCUUCAGCCAUUGCCAAAACUGGGGUUCCAGUGUAUGCUUGGAAGGGCAUGACCGAUGAGGAGUAUGUGUGGUGCAUUGAGCAGACCAUCUACUGGAAGGAUGGCCAGCCCCUCAACAUGAUCCUGGAUGAUGGCGGUGACCUCACCAACAUGGUCCACAAGAAGUACCCCAAGCUGCUUUCAGGAAUCAAGGGGGUGUCUGAGGAGACCACCACCGGGGUGCACAACCUGUACAAGAUGUUGAAGAAUGGCGACCUCAAGAUCCCAGCCAUCAACGUCAAUGACUCAGUCACCAAGAGCAAGUUUGACAACCUGUACGGCUGCAGAGAGUCUCUGAUUGAUGGGAUCAAACGGGCCACAGACGUGAUGAUCGCCGGGAAGGUGGCGGUUGUUGCCGGUUACGGUGAUGUUGGCAAGGGCUGUGUUCAGGCCCUCCGUGGGUUUGGUGCCCGUGUCAUCGUCACAGAGGUUGACCCCAUCAAUGCCCUGCAGGCUGCCAUGGAAGGAUAUGAAGUCACCACCAUGGAGGAAGCUUGCAAGGAGGGAAACAUCUUUGUGACCACCACUGGCUGUGAGGACAUUCUUUUGGGCAAACACUUUGAGCACAUGAAAGACGACUCCAUCGUUUGCAACAUCGGCCACUUCGACUGUGAGAUAGACAUGAACUGGCUCAAUGCCAACGCAGCCGAGAAGAUAAACAUCAAGCCACAGGUGGACCGUUACCGCAUGAAGAAUGGCCGCCACAUCAUUGUGCUGGCUGAGGGCAGAUUGGUUAAUCUGGGCUGUGCCAUGGGUCACCCCAGCUUUGUCAUGAGCAACUCCUUCACCAACCAGGUGUUGGCCCAGAUUGAGCUGUGGAAGAACACCAGCAAGUACCCCCUGGGAGUUUACUUCCUGCCCAAGAAGCUGGAUGAGGAGGUGGCUGCUGCCCAUCUUGACAAGCUCGGCGUCAAGCUGACCAAGCUUUCAGAUAAGCAGGCCAAAUACCUGGGACUGCCCCGCGAAGGACCCUUCAAGCCUGACCAUUACCGCUAUUGAGAAAUGUCAGGAAGGUGGCCAAGCAGUGGCCCAGACUCAUGGUGGGGGUCUGAUGGUGGUAUGGUGGCGCAUGGACACGUGGGUUUGGGUAGGCCAAGAUUCCCACAAGUCUUUGAGGUUAGGACAUUUUGCUUCAACUACCCUUUAAACUGUCUUGCCCAUUCUACAUACCUUUUAGAUUCCAACCAGAGCUCCUUCGCCUUUACAGCAACAAGUGCUAAGUGGCUUCUAAAGGCACUAUUCUUGUUAUAAAUUGCAUUCCCUCUUUGAUCAUGGAAAAAACGUGAUGCUUUUAGUUGAAAAUCCCCAUACUAUUCAAGUUUACAUAUACACCAUAGCUAAUAUGGCAAUAAGUGCUGGUUUCAUAUCAUUGUCUUACGGAGAAUCUCUGACGUACCACCAAAGCCUGGCUUAAAGAACACACUCAGUUUCUCCAUUUGCUUAUUUUGUAAGUCUAGGAUUCUGUCUGAAGGGACAGGAAACGUCCAAGUGCUUUCCUGUUCUGUUUUCUUAGCUGAGCUGUGACGGAAUGGGCUGUGGUCUGGUCGAACAUAUACUGCCAUGUUUAACGGUUACAUUGUUAAUCCCAAGUGUUGCAUUUCCUACAGUACUUGCACUGUUGUGAAAUGUGAUGCAAUAAAGAUACAAUUUUA